AUAAUAUUGUGAUCGAGUUAACUUUCGCUCCUUUCUUCCGGUCCUCGGUGGCGAAUACACAAGAUUGUUUACUUGUGGUUGUAAAAUCUUACUCCAUCGCCAAAAUGAUCGUGUUCCAAGAUCUCAUUACAGGAGAUGAGCUUUUUACCGAUGCUUUCAAAUUCAGCAUCAAAGAUGAUUUUUUCUAUGAAGUAGAGGGAAAAAUUGUCACAGAAGACAGAGGAGCUGGUAAUGUGGACAUUGGCGGUAACCCUUCAGCUGAGGGAGGGGAUGAUGAUGGUGGCGUUGACGAGGAUGCCAACAAAGUGAGUGGAUGCAACAUUGUCCUGGCCAGUAAAAUGCAGCCAACGCAGUUUGACAAGAAAAGCUAUCAGGUGUACCUUAAGGAUUACAUGAAAGCACUUAAAGCAAAAAUCACCGAAACUAAAGGUCAGGAAGCUGCCGAUGCUUUUGCCAAGAAAGCACAGACAUGUGUGAAAGAAGUCUUGGGAAACUUUAAAAACUAUGAUUUUUAUCUUGGUGAGAGCCAAAACCCAGACGGACAUGUUGCUUUACUUGACUACAGAGAGGACGGAAUCACACCCUACAUGCUGUUCUUUAAAGAUGGAAUCAAAGAGGAGAAAUAUUGAUCAAGUUCUCAUUAGGAAUUAAAAACAAUAACACUAACAGAAUUCUUGUGAAAUGAUCAUCAACCAUCACAAUUUUGGGACAUUCAUCAAAACUACAAACAACAGUGACAAACUCUACACUACUGAUUUUGGACAUACAUUUUAUUAAUGUUUCUGCUUCUCUCUGCCGUUAGUGACUUCACAGACCGAGUCUUGCGACAGUGUUAAUUCCUGUUGUAUUUAUUGGUUGUCCUGGUUCUACAUUACAUUGUUUGAAGACUUGGAACCCCUCUGUGAUACUCUCUAAUUCAGUGGACUGUUAUUUAAAGAAAGCAUGUAAGGAAAGUCAAUUGGUGAAGCUGCAAUAAGAGGAAUAUGAUUAUAUAAUAAAAUUUUUAAAAAAUAA